AUGGGGAAAGAAAAAUGUGCGAUCAAGUUGGACAUUUCCAAAGCUUUUGACACCGUUAAGUGGUCAUUCAUAAUCUAUGUGUUACAAGCAAUGGGACUACCGGCUCAGUUCAUUCACUGGAUACGCAAGGCUUCUCUCUCGCCUUACCUAUACGUCAUCCUCAACAACGUUUUAUCAAAGCUCCUAAAUGAAGCAGCGGAGGCAGGAGUAUUUGCUUAUCACCCACAGUGCAAUCAAGUUAAGCUCACACAUUUAAGCUUUGCUGACGAUAUUCUGGUCUUCACCAACGGUACAACUGAGUCGCUAUUGGGAGUUCUAGAAACAAUGAAAAGGUUCGCAACUAUGUAUGGCCUCCACAUCAAUGCUUCAAAGUCGUCUAUCUACGCGUCAGGUAGUGAUGUAAGCAGUCUUGUAGCCACGGCAGAGGCCUUGCACGUAGGGGUAGGAACACUCCCCAUCCGCUACUUGGGCAUGCCACUGACCACAAAGUCACUUACCAAUCAUGACUAUGAGCCGCUUAUCGACAAGAUACGCAACAGAAUGCUUUGA